CUGCACUCACUGCGGACCGAAGUCAUGCAUCAACCAACAAGUCCUGACGGAAGAAAAAAUCAGCAGCAAUUUUGGAAGUCAAAUUUCAAAACCUCAGAACCCCAGAAUCUCGUUUCCUGUACUGUACUUUUUAGCGGAAUGGAAAUUGGCCGAUCAUUUUGAACUUAAAAAUCUGAUACGGAAUUUUGACAGAAAUGACUUUAUCUCUGGGAAAUAAUCCGUAUAAUCGGAUGUCAUGGGAAGACGCGGAUUUCCCGAUACUUUGUCAAACUUGUUUGGGUGACAAUCCUUAUUUGAGGAUGAUGAAGGAAAAGUACGGAAGCGAGUGUAACAUCUGCCAGCGGCCCUUUACGGUUUUUCGAUGGUGUCCUGGCAAAGGAAUGCGAUACAAGAGCACUAUAGUCUGCCAGACUUGCAGCAAAAUGAAAAAUGUCUGUCAAACGUGCUUGCUGGAUUUGGAAUACGGCUUGCCCGUGCAGGUGCGGGACAAUGUCCUCGGACAGAAACACGACAUUCCGAAAUCCCUUGUCAACCGGGAAUAUUACACCCAGAAUAUGGAAGUCGCCAUGACGGAGGCAGGGGGCAGUGUUUCUGGAUUGGAUUUGUUGGGCAUGACUCAGUCCCAGAACGACCAGCUGCGAAAAUUACGCCGACAUGAGCCGUACUAUAAGCGUAAUGCUCCACACAUCUGCUCGUUCUACCUCAAGGGCGAAUGCAAGCGGGGCGAAGAAUGUCCUUACCGUCAUGAGAAGCCUAGUGAUCCCGAUGAUCCUUUAUCAUCGCAAAACAUUCGGGACCGUUAUUACGGUAAUAAUGACCCUGUUGCCGAUAAGUUGAUGAAGAAACUCUCCCGAUUACCCAAACUGGAGCCCCCCGAAGAUCCAAAUAUAACCACUCUGUAUGUCGGCAAUGUUAUGGAGGCGAUCACGGAUAAGGACCUCCGGGAUUUUUUCUAUCAGUAUGGAGAAAUCCGGAAUUUGAAGCUCGUCCACAAGCAGCAUUGCGCUUUUGUCGAAUACACCACUCGACAAGCCGCCGAACUUGCUGCUGAUCAGUCCUUCAAUAAGGUUACCUUGCAUGGUAUCCGCUUGAACGUGCGUUGGGCCAAACCGCAGUCGAAGCAGAAAGAAGGCGGCACGGGCGAUCCCCGGGAGAAACUGCCAUUCGUUCCGGGAUUGCCGGGCGCUCUUCCCCUUCCCGAGAAAUUACUUCUCCAGCCACCAAUGGAAAUACCCCCCGUGCACCUUGGACUGGGAGCCCCUCCUAUGGGACCCCCGCCUGUUUAUUAUCCUUCUCAAGAUCCUACCAGACUCGGAUCAGGAAAACACGGAAGUCAAUAUUGAUUUCUCUUCCAUACUGCAUCCUUUCCGGAAUUGAAUGUGCUGCAGGCUUAUCGUUUCCUGGCUGGUGUCGUCUGUUACUACUGGCCUUCGAUAAUAUACAGUAAUGUCCCGUAAAGCCUCGGCUGUAAAUUUAUUGGCCGUUAUUUUGUAUGGGAAUGCAUUCACAAAGCAUUCAUUCAAACAUCAAAACCAGCGGCGACUACAUUCGACUGGGUUGUUUUCGCCGUAUAUGUCAGCUCGAUAUAUUUCGGAUUUUCGUUGUCUGUCUGUAUAUUUUCCUUCUGAUAAUACUGUUGUUUAAAAUAAAAUGCCUGUACCUCGG